AUGGAGGCACUUCUAGCGCAUUCUUUUGACUAUCUAUCAUCGUAUGAUCAGACUAAGAUUCGCAAAGGGCUGCGUCAAGUCGAAGGCCUACUUGCGCAAAUAUGUUUAUCAAGAUCAAAAGUAUCAGCAUCGGAAAAGCGACGGUCGAUGAUUACCCUAGGAGCCGCGCCCCCUCUGCCCAAAUCCUUGAGUGAACUCUGCGACGACCCGGCGUUUAGGGAGUUUUAUAAGCUGCAGGAAGGGUUUCAGUGGAAUGGUCGCGGGAGCAAUGGUGCUAACGACCUCUUGAUUAUUGCUGCUCUGGAUUUAAUACAAGGUGUCUUGCUCCUUCAUCCACCAUCUCGUGCUCUAUUCGCCAGGGAAGUUUACAUGAAUCUUCUCCUCGACCUCCUCGAGCCCGCCAACUGCCCCGCAAUUCAGUCAUGUACCCUCCUUACACUCGUCACCGCUCUCCUUGACAACCCCGCGAACACACGGACGUUUGAAGAGCUUGAUGGCCUUUUGACCAUUACAUCGCUGUUCAAACUGCGCUCUACGUCGCGUGAGGUUAAGCUGAAACUCGUUGAGUUUCUAUAUUUUUACCUUAUGCCCGAAGCACCCUCGAGCCCUUCGGCAGGGUCAAAUGCGGGAAUCCUGGCUCCACCAAAGGGCGGGGGUAAGUUCUCGAGGAGUACAAAUGGAGCUGGGGAUACUGGACGCGACGGCGCGGCCCAAGACACGAAAACCACGGAGGAAAAGCAAGCACUACUGGGGAAAUAUCUAAGCAACGUUGAAGAUCUCGUGGAAGAUUUAAAAGAAACUGCACCGUUUGGCGGGACGGUGUACUAG